AAAAGAAAGAAAAAACGGAGAAAAAAAGGCAGAGAAGGCACACCAAUCAAUCAGCUAGCCACAACGAAGCGGAGCUUCCCAAUUCCAACCCUCCCGGCCGAAGUCUUCGUCCCCGACCGAACACCAGCCAGCCAAGAACAGCGCGCAACGAGACAGGGCACGCUUCCUUCACCGGUGAUGCAGGCGGCGGCUGUGGCGUGGGCGCCGGGCCCAUCGCCAUCCACCUCCUCCUCGCCUUCGUCCUUCAAGGUGGGGACUGCGUCGACGGCCGUUCCGGCUUCUUCCGCGCCGAGGCUGGUCGCCGCGUCCGCUCGCUUGGGUCGUCAGCGGCGGCGGCAAGCAGUGGUUCAAGCUAUUGCCAACCCAGACCCAGUGGUCGAGCUGCCUUUGACCGCUGAAAAUGUUGAGGAAGUGUUGGAUGAAGUGCGGCCGUACCUUAUGGCAGAUGGAGGCAAUGUUGCAUUGCAUGAGAUCGACGGCAACAUAGUGAGGUUGAAGCUGCAAGGAGCAUGCGGUUCAUGCCCAGCUUCAGUAACAACAAUGAAGAUGGGCAUCGAGCGACGCUUGAUGGAGAAAAUACCAGAGAUUGUAGCAGUUGAACCCGUGGCUGAUGAGGAGACUGGGCUUGAGUUGAACCAAGAGAACAUUGAAAAGGUACUCGACGAGAUCAGGCCUUACCUUGCUGGCACAGGUGGUGGUGAGCUCGAGUUUGUUUCGAUUGAGGAACCUAUUGUGAAAGUUCGGCUUACUGGUCCAGCUGCUGGUGUGAUGACUGUCCGAGUAGCGCUGACUCAGAAGCUCCGAGAAAAAAUCCCUAAAAUCGCAGCUGUGCAGCUACUGUCGUAAGCCUAGAACAUUUAGAAGUCAGCCGCCACAAUCUACAAUGUACAUGUGCAACUUCAAUUAUCUUAUUGUGUAAUGUGUAGCCUCUUGAGUUGUAUUUGGCUCCACUUCAACUAUAACUGUGAUGAUCAAUACGGAAUGUUGUAAGGGUGAUCUUGCCAAAUUUAUUAGAGUUUUGGUUUCUAUCUGUACAAUCUGUACUCUCUCAUUUGUUUUUGUUAUAAACAUGGGAAGAAACUAAAACAUGGAGGUAACAGCGAGGUUAGCUCUUCUCCUAUUGUAACAUGCAAGUUCUCUGAAUGUUCUCAAA